AUGGCUCUGACUACGUGGUUGUUGACGGCCCUCGUUGGCCUUGCCAACGGCCUGGCCUCAACCGACACCAUUACCUGGGGAGGCGACAACUCCCGUGCCGGCUACCAAACAAACCAUAACAUGGACCCCUCCGUCGUAGGGAGCUCCCAGUUCGGUCAGCUCUUCCGGGCGGCUCUUCCCGGAAGAUACGGCAACGUUCCUGAGCAGAUCUUCUCUCAGCCUCUCGUUUACACUCCCAGCGGCGGCGACGGCACCCAAUAUGUCUAUGUCGCUACGCAACAAAAUAAUGUCUACAAACUUAAUGCCAAAACCGGCGAGAUCAUCGCCUCUCGCAACCUUCACAUUCCUUUCCUCACCGCUGACCUGGACGGCUGCGUCGAUGUCAACCCUCACGUCGGCAUCACCGCCACCGGUGUCAUCGACCCGGCCACCGACACUCUUUACCUGACUUCCAAAACCUAUGCCGACCAAACCCAGACCGGAGUCGCCCAGGGCCGCCCGGCUGGACGAUACUUCAUCCACGCACUGGAUGUUAACGACCUCAGCGAGCGACCCAACUUCCCUGUCGACCUGGAGGGCACCGUAGCUAGGAACAACCCGAUCCGGUCCUUCAACGGCGGAAUUCACCAUCAGCGCCCUGGUUUGCUUCAGUCUGGCCAGUACAUCUACGCCGGCUUCGCUUCUCACUGCGUGCAGUACAACUUCACUGGUUGGAUUAUCGGUUGGGACAAGACGACUGGUGCUCUCGUCGAGCGCUUCGCCACCCAGGGUGACGGUGUUCCCAGCGACAUCCCCGGAGCCGGAGUCUGGAUGUCCGGUGGCGGUCUCGCUUCCGACGACGCCGGCUCCAUGUUCUACGCCACCGGUAACGGUUACGCUUCUCAGCUCAGCACUAUCCCCGUCAACGGCCGCCAGCCCCCUACUGCUCUGGAGGAAGCUGCCGUUCACAUGAGUAUCAGCGAGGACGGAAGUCUGAGUGUAGCCGACUUCUUCAUGCCUUGGGAGAAACAGGCGCUGGAUGGCGCUGACAAAGAUUUGGGAACCAGUCCUCUUCAGAUUCUCCCCAGUACCUUCUCCUGUGGUGACGUCCGUCGCAUUGGUGUUGUGACGGGCAAGAGUGGUAAGACAUACUGGAUUAACCUGGACAACAUGGGUGGUUACCGAAACGGCCCCAACAGACUUGAUUCCGUUAUCCAGGUCUACCAGAACGACAACUCGGUGUACGCUGGAGCUGGUGUUUACCCGUUGGAAGGCGGUUACAUCUACAUCAAUGUCAUCCAGUUCCCCACCAACGUCUUCAAGUUCUCUUGCGAGGCCGGCGUCCCAUCCUUCACCAAGGUUGCCACCAGCCCCAACAACAACGCCUACAUUCUCGGUGUCAGUCACGGUACUGUCACGUCUCUUAACGGCCAACCUGGAACCGGUCUUUUGUGGACUAUGGACGUUCAGGGUUCUCAGUUGAAGGUCUUUGAAGCCGUUCCGAAGGACGGCUCCCUCAACCUUCUCAGGUCCUUCAGCGUUCCAGGUUCAACCAAGUUCGGCAGAGCUGUCUUUGGUGAUGGUAUCUUGUACCAGGGUACCACACAGGGCUACCUCUAUGCUUUUGGUUCGCCUGUCACUACUCCCAUCACCUGCACCUCUCCCAACGAGUUCGGCACUGUCGAUGUUGGUUCUCAGGGCGAGCCGCGUACCAUCACCUGCACGGCUGUCAUUGGCGUUUCUGUCUCCGAGAUCGCGCUCGAUGAGGCUGGUGACUAUGUCAUAACCACCGUCCCCACGCUGCCUCUUACUCUCACAGCUGGCCAGACCUUCUCUAUCCAGGCCGCCUUCAAGCCGACCACCGUCGGCCUCGUUUCUGCUGACAUCAUUGUUACCACUACCAACUCUGCCGAGGGUUACAGCCAGGGUACUCACAUCCGGUUGACCGGUACUGGUGAAAGUGCUGGCCCGUUGCUUGCUGUUACUCCUCCGACAAUCACCUUCCAGGGCGUCAUCACUGGCUCUGAAGGCGGACUGGAGGAGACCAUCCUCUUCACGAACCAGGGUAACUCUGAGCUGUCCGUCACCGACGUGCAGUACUCCACGACGAGCGCCCAGGGCCCCUUCACCACCUGGGACAGGGCCACUGCCGCUCUCACUGUCGGAAAGUUUACUCUUUCCAACAUUCCCUCCACCAUUGCCGCCAAUGCUGGUGCUACUGUCCGCAUCGCGUUCGACUCUUCCGAGAGUGGCAGCUUCGGAGCUUACAUCAAGGUGGUCACGGACGGUGGCAGCAAAUCCUUCACCAUCGCCGGUACUGCCGGUCCUGCUCCCGCCGCGCUUAUCGAGUUCCAGACGCCUGAUGCCACCGGCUGGGUUGAAUACGACCCCAACGUGCCAUUCACAUUCGGCAACGUCACUGAGAACACUUCCAGGUCCCUGAAGUUCCGCGUGACCAACAAGGCUCCCACCGGAGGCGUUAACCUCGUCCUGACCGUCUCGAAGCCGCCCUUCGGUAUCCCCGGUAUCGUCUCGGCAGCUAACACAGUUGAUCUUGCUGAGGGUAUCCAACUUGCCCCCGGCGAGAGCGCUGAUGCUACCAUGAUUUGUGCCGUGCCCAAGACUCAAUGGAACACUGAUCCUUACAAGGGCAGUGCUCCCUGGACCAUGAACACCAACGACCCCAACUUCGAGAAGCACUUCUUCACUUUCGAGUGCACUGCCGUCUCUGAGCAGGCCCCCCCUCUUUUGUCCAACGGACAGGGUAAGUACCGAUACGUCGGUUGCUUCAAGGAGAACAACCCCGGCCGCCAGCUUUCCAACCAGCUCUACGGAAACCCGCAGAGCGUCAACUCCAUGUGUAUCGAAGCCUGUGCCGAGCGUGGUUACAUCUUCUGCGGAACUCAGUACCACACCGAGUGCUGGGGAGGCCGCAACAUUCCUAUCCAGAAGGUUGAUGAGCGCAACUGCAACUUCGACUGUGGUGGAGACAUUAACCAGGUCUGUGGUGGUAACGGUUUCGGAGACCUCGAGGGCGGCGCUUUCAUCUCGCUCUUCGCCGACUCGCUUCAGUGGGAUGGCAACACGACGACUCCUACGCCUGGCCCGAACCCUAGCGGUCCGGAAGUCAACCCUGGCGUGGGCCAGUACGUCAGCCAGGGCUGUUACACCGAGCCAGAGACCUCGCGUGCUCUUCCUAGCCUGGUCAACCUUGAGGAGAAGACCGUUGCCAACUGUAUCACUGCUUGCUCUGGACGCAGGAACACGUAUGCCGGAUUGGAGUACGGAGGAGAGUGUUGGUGUGGAAACACCCUUGCCGAGGGCUCAGUUCUCGCUCCCGCCGAGGAGUGCAGCAUGGCUUGCGCAGACAACGCUACCGAACUGUGCGGUGGACCAUCCAGACUGAACCUCUACAAGCUGGACGGCGACUUGCCCGGGCCAAGCAGCACCGUCCCAACCGGUACCGCCACCGCCACCGCCACCUCUACUCCUACGGCCUCUGCCCCUCCCACGAACGAACGCGUCGGCGACUGGCUCUUCGAGGGCUGCUUCACUGAAGGUGAUGGUGUUCGUGCUCUUCCAUCUCGCAUGUAUGCCAACGACUCCAUGACUCUUGAGUCCUGUGGUGGCUUCUGCGAGGGUCUCAAGUACUUUGGUACCGAAUACGGUAGAGAGUGUUGGUGUGGUGAUGCUCUUGGCACUGGUAGUGUCGAGGCUCCUCUGACUGACUGCUCGUUCCCUUGCGCCGGCGACAGCACCCAGAAGUGCGGUGCUGGUAACCGUCUGCAGGUCUACCAAUACUCUCCCGUCGCAGCAUCUAGCACCCUCGCGGUCACAUCUACUGCCGAGGUUUCUGCUUCCGAGACCGCGACUGCCGAGACUUCCACCGCCACCUUUGCAAGCUUCUCGGUCCCCGCCAAUGGCACGGCUACCGCCCCUGUAUCUGACGCGGCUGCCACCACGUUCUCUACAUCCACUCUUUCAGAGCCGGCUACACUGUCGGAAACUCCCUCGUCUGUUGCGGAGACCACCACUUCCGCAUCUCCUAGUUCAUCCAUCGCCGAAACUACUACCUCGACCACCUCCGCGACACCCACCCCUACCGGACCCGUCAUCGUCCCCGGUAACGUAAACUUCACCUACUACGGCUGCUUCUCCGAGCCGGAGAUCGGCCGCCUCCUGCCCACUCAGGUCCUCAACGACGGCGACGAGAUGACCAUCGACAAGUGCCUCGAGGUCUGCUACGACAGGACCUACGCCGGUGUCGAGUACGGCCGGGAGUGCUGGUGCGGCGACGCCCUCAACCUCGGCGGCGCCGACGACACCCGUCCCGCCGCCAACGAGACGGGCACCGACUGCUCGUUCACGUGUCCCGGCAACAGCACGCAGUUCUGCGGCGCCGGGUCGCGCAUCAGCUUGUAUAUCCUCACCGAGGAGCUGGAGCUGCUGAAGAAGCAGAACGGCACGAUUUCACGGAGGAGAUGGUGA